GGUCGAUUCCGAACAGCUCUCGUUCAACGGCGUGGGCGAAGAAGUUUCGAGGACGGGUUAAACCAUCAAGCAUGAUGCUUAUCGCCGUGUUGCUCUCGGUAGCUUCGUUGUGCGUAGCACAAUCACCUCGCAACACAUGCGACGAUCCAAACUUCCACAGCUUGGAGACCGACGAAUCUAAACGGCUUGCUUGUGGUCCAGCAUUCGAAAACAGGUGCUUCUGCCACAUGACAUGCUACGAGGGUCGGAAUCAGCACAUCGUUAACUGCACCGACGCCGGUUUCAAAAAUACUGACCCCCUGGAACAUCUGCCAAACAAUACCAAAGUGUUAAUAUUUACUGGAAACGAUUUGGGCGAGCUACCUUGGAACGUUUUUGGUACCUUGGACGCUUUACCCGAGCUUCGAGUAAUCGACAUGUCACGUAAUAAGAUCAGGGAAAUUCCGGGCAAGACUUAUCACCACGUUAAGCAUGUGGAGCAGCUUUUUUUGGACCACAACGAGCUCUCUUUAGACGAUGGGAAAAAUCAUCCGCGGGUAUUCUCGAACUUUGUAUCACUCCUAGAGCUGCACCUGACUGAUGCUUUUGAAGACGGUGCUCCAGUACAAUUGGCGAAAACUCUUCAUGAAAUAUUCGUCAACAGUAAUUUGACGCUGCUGAUGAAGCUACAUCUCGAGCAGAACGAAAUAUCCGUUUUCCACGACCCCAACGUCUUCUGCGACCUGCCAAGCCUGAUGCACCUUUACUUAAGUAGCAACUCUUUAAGCACCCUUCAUUUCAAUCUCACCUGCUUGCCAAAAUUGCAAUUCCUUGACCUGGAAAAGAACAACUUCACCCACGUUCUCGAAAGAGAUCUUCACACCCUGGACCACUUGGCAAAAGAGAAACGGUCAAUGACCGUUGAUUUCAGUACAAACCCAUUCGAAUGUGGCUGCAAGCUGAAUCCGUUUGUUCGAUGGAUGAACAAGACUAAAGUAAUCGUUCGAAACAAGAAUUACCUUCGGUGUAAUAAAAGUUCAAGUCUCCAGAAGUUUUACGAAGAGAAGCACUGCUAUUCAAAUCUUGGAGCUUCAGGAUAUCGGGGAAGUACCGUCGCAUUGUGGCUCCUCUCCGUGCUUCUCGUCGGAUUGAUUCUGGCUUUAAUUUAUGUGCAGAGGGUAGAGCUGAGGAAAAAACUUGAGCCGGUAAUAGACUCCGUUAGUAAACGAGUCCGGUACACAUCGAUAGCUACCGGUGAAACGCGCGAAAUGGGCGUCUGAACUGAAAUAAUAACGAGAAAAGAAGAAUUGGAGGGCGCAAAAAUCAUCGGUUAUAAUAAUUAUAAUACGCCAUUUGUGUGCCGCCAUCCUUGGCCGCUGUAACUGAGAACAAUUGCGUUCAACGGUCAUCUUCAUCGUGCAUCUGAGAGAAAUUGAUCUGCAGAUACGAUUCUACACGACAUCGAUUACCGUACAAGGGCAGUGCGAUUAUCAAAAACAAAUUUUAAAAUUUGAUUGAGUAAUACUGUGCAAAAAAGAAAAAUUCCUAAUAACUUUCAUCUUCUUCUCUUUCUGAGUUCACCAGUUGUCUGAUCAACAGUUAAAAAAAUUGCUCUUGCCUGUAAAUAAUACACGUAAGAAAAGAUGACUGAAAACGUAUUAGGCAUACAUUUAUACUGGCAAUCGAUUUGUUUCUGAUCAAUGUCUGUUUAAGAAUUCCAACAUAGUGAUUUGCUUUAAAAAGUUAUUGUGUCAACUUUUCUCGCAGAUUUUUCGGAAGUAGUCACUGCCUGGUAUAAUUACGAGUUUUUGUUCUAGUCGGCAGUAGGUAUGGAUUAAGAAGAGAAUUAUGAAAUGAUAGUUUUAAGACACGUUGGUGAUAAUUUUAAGAAAUGAGUAGACAAUAACAAUGAUCAGGACGUUAUAUAAAAUUGGCAGCCACAAAACAGGGGCAUAGGUAUGCAAUUCAUGUCACCGUACUUCGCGUUUCAACUUACAAGUCACGGAAUAUUUUAUUUAUAUUUUUGCUAUGAUUUUAUACAAAUAUUAUUCAUUGAACGAAAGUGUUCAGAAAGAUAUUCAUCUUAUAUACCGAUAUAUAUUUAAUAUGUGGAUGUUUAUAAAAUACAUUUUAUUGUAGAUCAAUAAUGUUAUGAAAAAUAAGUAUAUACUUAAAAAACGUAAUAAUUAAAGUAUAGUCUCAAUGUUAAUUAACUUUCUACAGUGAUAUCAUACUCUUCUUGAUCUAGAUAUUUCACACAUUUUCUCCAGCUCAUCUCCAUUACCCAUUUUUUAUAUAUUUCUUCUCAUCCCCUUCUACUUCUGUGAAAAUCGCAUAGUCUCUACACUAAGUUUUUCUUUUCUGAUUUUUUACCCUCUUGAAAAUGCGUACAACGAUCUUAUU